ACAAGACACCUGAUACAAGCUCAGAUGAAGAGAAAUGCAAGGAUUCAGUGUGAAUGUGCUGUUGCUGCUACACAGAGACCUGGGCAGCUCAGGUGUUCUGUGCUUAAAUAGCUGAUUUUUAACUAACAAAUUCCAGGAAAAGGACCUUCAAUCAGGAGAACUGGUCGCUGUGUUUCCUUGCAUUGGAAGGGAAAUAAUGCUCCAUUCUACACUGGCCUUGUCCCUCCUGCUAAUUGCAGUCACUUCCAACCUUGCCAUGGCAAUUAAAAAGGAAAAACGAGCACCUCAGACCCUGUCAAGAGGGUGGGGAGAUGAAAUUACAUGGGUACAAACUUAUGAAGAAGGACUUUAUCAAGCAAAGAAAAGUAACAAGCCACUGAUGGUAAUUCAUCAUUUGGAAGACUGCCAAUACUGCCAAGCACUGAAGAAAGCUUUCGCAGAAAACGAAGAAAUACAGGAAAUGGCCCAAAAUAACUUCAUUAUGCUGAAUCUCAUGCAUGAAACUACAGAUAAAAACCUGUCACCUGAUGGACAGUAUGUGCCUCGAAUCAUGUUUGUAGACCCAUCUCUCACGGUAAGAGCUGAUAUCACAGGAAGAUACUCCAACCGGCUGUACACGUACGAGCCGCAGGACAUGAUGUUCCUAAUAGAGAACAUGAAGAAAGCACUACGCCUCAUUCAGACAGAACUGUAACCAGUAACAGUGAAAUGACCAGAACCUCCACGAGGUGAAGCUGCACCUCUCUGUCUCUACUUGCAAGCUGAACUUUUACCAAGCAGAUUUGGUAUAUCAGAUUUCAUAAAAAAUGUUUAUGUGCAACUUGGAGAACAAAAAUAGAAUGACUAAAGCACCCAUUUGGAAAACGUGAGGAGAAAUAUUAAACACUUUGCAAUUAAUUAUCUAAAUAACUGAAAAUUAUGUUUUUAAGUGCAUCAAAUUCAAGCUGUAUUUUAGCAAUCCAAUUAUGACUCAGUUAGGUGAGCUAUGACUACUGAAGAGGAGUUACAAACAAUCUUUUUGACGUCUAUUUGCAAUUUAUUACAUGAGUUAAUAUUUGCAUCUUGCCUUCCCAUUUUAACUUUUAUUGCAAGAAGCUUAUUAAUUGUUAGUGUACCCCUGCUUUAUACAGUCAUUUUUCAUUGAAGGAAAGGAAACUUUGCUGUCAAAUCAGACUGGAAAGCUCAUACUACAAAUUUUGGAAUAGCUUACAUAGGGGAAAAAAAC